UUUAGCCAAGUAAAUAACCAGAUGUGCCAGGGCCAACUGAGUGGCAUUGUCUGCACCAAGACCAUGUGUUGUGCCACGAUUGGACGGGCCUGGGGCCACCCGUGUGAGAUGUGCCCUGCCCAACCUCACCCUUGCCGACGAGGUUUCAUUCCCAACAUCCGAACCGGAGCCUGUCAAGACGUGGAUGAAUGUCAAGCCAUUCCUGGCCUGUGUCAAGGUGGCAAUUGCAUCAACACGGUGGGUUCUUACGAGUGCAAAUGCCCUGCUGGACACAAGCAGAGUGAAACCAACCACAGAUGUGAAGAUGUGGAUGAGUGCGGCGCGAUCUCCGGCGUGUGCGACGGCGGCGAGUGCACCAACACAGCAGGCAGCUACGUGUGCACGUGUCCACGCGGCUUCAUGACCAGCCCGGAUGGAUCGCGCUGCAUCGACCAGCGGAUCGGGACGUGUUUCUCCGCUCUGAUCGGGGGCCGCUGCGCCGGGGAGCUCCCUGGCCAGUACACCAAGAUGCAAUGCUGCUGCGACUCGGGGCGCUGCUGGGCCAUCGGGCAGACUCCAGAAAUGUGCCCCGUCCGGGGCUCCGAUGAGUACCGCAGGCUCUGCAUCGAAGGACUCCCGGUGGUGCCAGGGUUCCCUGGGAGCUUUCCAGGAAUUCCUGGAUUUGGGCCCAAUGGUGUUGGGCCAGGAAUCAACGGGCCCGGAGGCAUCGGACCAAAUGGGGCAAAUGGACAAGGAGGGAUCCCGGGUCUGCCUGGAAUGGGCCCAGGAAGUUCGAGCAUCGGAACUGCCACUUUAAACCAGACCAUUGACAUCUGCAAGCAUUUCACCAACCUCUGCCUGAAUGGCCGCUGCAUCCCUACCCCGUCCAGCUACCGCUGCGAGUGCAACAUGGGCUACAAGCAGGAUGUGCGUGGAGAGUGCAUCGAUGUGGACGAGUGCUCCAGCAGCCCCUGCGUGCACGGUGACUGUGUGAACACACCCGGCUCCUACCACUGCAAGUGCCACGAAGGCUUCCAGAGCACCCCUACCAAGCAGGCUUGCAUCG